AUGGCAUAUCUCACAGGCCCAAACUAUCCCCCAGUCUUAGACAACACUGCCGAGACCGAACGGCUCGUCCAGACAGUCAAGGAUUGGUCUAUUGCCAAUGGCCUCGCCAUACGUCCACCGCCGGCUGUGGCCGCUGAUGCUGAUGGGAUUUUGGCUAUCCCGGCACCAGUAACACUAUUCCCUAGCCCAUUCCCCAAGAGCUGUUUUGAGGAAGCCAAGGCCAUUCAGACGACGUAUAACGAGCUCUAUGCGAGGAUCAGCAGGGAUGAGGAGUUCCUUGGGAAAGUCGUCGAGGAGGUUGCUGGCGGUGAUGAGUUCAUUGCCAACCUGUGGCAGGUUCACCAGAGAGUGAAAGGCGAGGGCUAUGUCCAGCCCCUGACCUUGGGUCUCUUCCGCUCAGACUACAUGGUCCAUAAGGACGGUGACAACCUGCAGAUCAAGCAAGUUGAAUUCAACACCAUCGCCUCCUCAUUCGGCGGUCUCUCUUCAAAGACUUCCCUCCUCCACAAACACCUCGCCGCGACCGAAUACCCCCUUCUCAACACCCCCAUUCCCAGCUCAUCCCUCAACCUCCCCUUCAACGACAGCGCCAAAGGCCUCGCGGCCGGCAUAGCAGCCGCUUACCGCGCCUACGGCCCCUCCUUACAAGACCGUCCAGCCUGCGUCCUCUUCCUCGUUCAAGACGGUGAGCGCAACGUCUUCGACCAGCGCCAUCUCGAAUACGCCCUUCAAUCCGAAGGCAUCCCCGUCUUCCGACUCCCCUUCUCCCAGGUCUUGCAGCACACGACCCUGGGCGAGGGACGUGAGCUGCUCUACCGCCCGCCACACAACCCAGGCCACGUGUUUGAGGCUGCCGUGACGUACCUUCGCGCGGGGUACGGCCCGGGAGAUUAUACCUCCCCAGAUGCCUGGGAAGCGCGGUACCAGAUCGAAAAGUCGAAGACGAUCGCCUGCCCGUCGGUGCUGACCCAGCUGGCGGGAAUGAAGAAGGUGCAGCAGGUGUUGGCUACCCCGGAAACGGACAACGAGCAAGCGCCCGCGGCGCUGAGGCGGUUUGCUCCUUCUGAGGAGGCGGUUCCCCGUCUCCUGAAAACGUUCACCAAUAUCUACCCCAUGUCGCCCUCAACACCGGCUGGACGGUUCGCUCAGUCUCUGGCAACAUCACCAGAGCACAGCCUACGUUAUGUCCUGAAGCCGCAGCGUGAAGGCGGUGGGAAUAAUGUCUACCGCUCUGCGAUUCCAGCCUUCCUGUCGAAGACCCCGAAGGAGCACUGGGGUAGCUACAUCCUGAUGGAGCUGAUCACGCCGCCAGCAGUACGGAAUGUUAUUCUGAGGAAUGGAAAGAUCGAACGGGGAGGCGUAAUCUGCGAGUUGGGGGUGUAUGGGACAUGUGUGUGGGAUCGUGUGACGGGCGAGGUGAAGUAUAACGAGGAAGCCGGGUAUCUGUUGAGGACGAAAGGAGAGGCAAGUGAGGAGGGCGGUGUGGCCGCUGGGUAUGGGUGUAUGGAUUCCGUGUGCUUGGUUUAA